AAUUUAGUUAACCAUGUUCUUUUGCUGAAUACACCAACAUAUUAAGUGGUAGUUGGAUUGAUAAAUUGUAAAUAAAAUGGAUGGGUCUUUGGCCGGAGAAGAUCUAGCGAGGACGAUGAGCCCUCGGCUGUCGAUGCGGUCGAGCAGUCGACGGAACUGGAUGGCAUCAGCGAGCAUCCGGGAGGCAUGGAACUCUCAAACGAAUGUUUUUGCGCAGAGCAAUCGGCAGGACGACGAAGAAGAGCUGAGAUGGGCGGCAAUCGAACGGCUGCCGACGUAUGAUCGAUUGAGAAAGGCGAUGCUGAGUGAGGUUCUUGAGAAUGGAAAAGUUGUUCAUGGUGAGGUGGACGUGACGAGAUUGGCCAUAGAAGAUAAGAAGAAGUUGAUGGAUAGCAUACUGCAACUUAUCGAAGUUGACAAUGAAAAUUUUCUUAGAAAACUUCGAAACAGAAUUGACAGAGUGGGCAUUGAGAUUCCAAAAAUUGAAGUUCGAUACGAGCAUUUAUCCAUAGAAGGAAACGUCCAUUUUGGAAGCAGAGCUUUGCCUACUCUACCCAAUUCUGUUAUCAAUGCAAUUGAGAGCACUCUGGUAUCACUUCGUCUUGCCCCAUCUAAGAAAAGAAAAAUCCAGAUUCUUAAAGAUGUCAGUGGAGUCCUCAAACCAUCCAGGAUGACGCUUCUUCUGGGUUCUCCAGGCUCUGGGAAAACAACAUUCUUGCUGGCUCUUGCAGGCAAACUUGAUAAAGACCUAAGGGCAUCUGGGAAAAUUACCUACUGCGGAUAUGAAUUGCAUGAGUUUGUUCCUCAGAGGACUUGUGCGUAUAUUAGUCAACAUGAUCUUCAUUAUGGAGAGAUGACAGUGCGGGAGACAUUGGAUUUCUCCGGGCGAUGUUUAGGUGUUGGAACAAGAUAUUAUAUGCUAGCAGAACUUACAAGAAGGGAGAAAGAAGCUGGAAUUCAACCAGAUCCUGAGAUUGAUAUGUUCAUGAAAGCCACAGCAGUGGCAGGUCAAAGAACUAGUUUGGUUACGGAUUAUAUUCUCAAGAUUCUUGGCUUGGAUAUGUGCGCUGAUACUAUAAUCGGUGAUAACAUGAGAAGGGGUGUUUCUGGUGGACAAAGGAAGCGUGUGACUACUGGAGAGAUGUUAGUGGGACCAGCAAAGGUUCUUCUAAUGGAUGAAAUAUCAACGGGAUUGGACAGUUCAACCACUUUUCAAAUUUGCAAGUUCAUGAGGCAAAUGGUUCAUAUUAUGGAUGUAACCAUGAUUAUUUCUCUUCUACAGCCAGCACCAGAGAUAUAUGACCUUUUUGAUGACAUUAUCCUACUUUCAGAAGGUCAAAUUGUCUAUCAAGGUCCACGAGGGAACGUCCUUCAAUUUUUUGAAUACAUGGGUUUCAAAUGCCCAGACAGAAAAGGAGUUGCUGACUUUCUACAAGAAGUAAUUUCCAAGAAGGACCAGGAACAGUAUUGGUUUAGGAAGAACCAGCCAUACAGAUUUGUUUCAGUCUCUGAUUUUGUCAAAGGUUUCAAUUCUUUCCACAUUGGCCAACAGAUUGAAUUUGAUCUUAGUGUUCCUUUUGAUAAAUCCAGAACCCACCCUGCUGCAUUGGUGACAGAAAAGUAUGGCCUUCCAAAUUGGGAGCUGUUCAAGGCAUGUUUUUCAAGGGAGUGGCUGCUAAUGAAGCGUAAUUCUUUUGUUUAUAUAUUCAAGACUACCCAGAUAACAAUUAUGUCAUUAAUAGCCAUGUCCGUGUUCUUUAGAUCAAAAAUGGAACCUGGCAUUUUAUUUGGUGGAACAAAGUAUUUUGGAGCUUUGUUCUUCAGUUUAGUUAAUAUGAUGUUUAAUGGGAUGGCAGAACUUGUACUGACUAUUAUGAAGCUUCCUGUCUUCUAUAAACAAAGGGAUCACUUAUUCUAUCCUGCAUGGGCUUUUGCCUUACCUAUAUGGAUUCUUAGGAUCCCUUUAUCGUUUAUGGAAUCAGCUAUAUGGAUCUUUCUGACAUACUACACAAUUGGUUUUGCUCCCACUCCUGGCAGGUUUUUCCGACAAUUUUUGGCAUUACUUGGUGUACAUCAGAUGGCUCUGUCCCUCUUUCGGUUCAUUGCUGCUCUUGGAAGAACAGAAGUUGUAUCAAAAUUGCUGGGUUCCUUCACCUUACUAAUGGUUUUUCUGCUUGGAGGAUUUAUUAUUUCCAAAAAUGACAUUGAGCCAUGGAUUAUGUGGGGCUACUAUGUGUCUCCUAUGAUGUACGGCCAAAAUGCACUAGUUAUCAAUGAGUUUCUUGAUAAAAGAUGGGGCACCCCCAACAAUGACACCAACAUUGAUGCACAUACAGUUGGGGAGGUACUUCUUAAGACUAGAGGCUUCUUCACUGAUGAGAAUUGGUUUUGGAUUUGCAUUGCGGCGCUUUUCGGAUUUUCAUUUCUCUUCAACAUUUUUUUCAUUGGAGCAUUGACUUAUUUGAGUCCUUUUGGUCAGUCAAAGGCAACUGUCUUAGAGGAUAAUGGAGACAAGAAGAAAAAGCAAGCCUCUGAGGGACAUGGAGUAGAAGGUUUUAACUUGGCAGUGAGAAGUUCAUCAGAAAUGGUUAACCUUGCUGACUGUAAAAGAGGAAUGAUUUUGCCCUUUCAGCCCCUUUCACUUGUAUUCAACCAUGUGAACUACUACGUGGAUAUGCCUAUUGAAAUGAAGACUCAAGGAGUAGAAGAAGAUCGCCUUCAACUUCUACGAGAUGUUAGUGGUGCUUUCAGACCAGGGGUAUUGACGGCACUAGUAGGUGUAAGUGGUGCAGGGAAGACAACUCUGAUGGAUGUCUUAGCAGGAAGGAAAACUGGAGGGUAUAUUGAAGGAAGCAUUCACAUUUCUGGCUAUCCAAAGAACCAAGAAACAUUUACACGUGUGAGUGGUUAUUGUGAGCAGAAUGACAUUCAUUCACCUCAUAUUACUGUUUAUGAAUCACUCCUCUACUCAGCCUGGCUUCGUCUUCCUUCAGAAAUUGAUACAAAAUUGCGGAAGAUGUUUGUUGAAGAAGUUAUGGAAUUGAUUGAGCUCAAACCAUUGAGGAAUGCUUUAGUUGGGCUUCCAGGAAUAGAUGGUCUUUCAACAGAACAAAGAAAGAGGUUAACAAUAGCUGUAGAGCUGGUUGCUAACCCCUCUAUCAUUUUCAUGGAUGAGCCAACAUCUGGUCUUGAUGCUAGAGCAGCUGCCAUUGUCAUGCGUACUGUGAGAAAUACAGUGGAUACAGGAAGAACUGUUGUGUGCACUAUUCACCAACCAGGCAUAGACAUUUUUGAAGCUUUUGAUGAUCUACUAUUGAUGAAACGAGGUGGACAAAUCAUUUAUACAGGACUCCUUGGUCGCCAUUCUCACAAACUCAUAGAAUAUUUUGAGGCUAUCCCAGGAGUUCCUAAAAUUAAGGAUGGAUACAAUCCAGCUACAUGGAUGCUUGAGGUCACUGCUCCUUCGAUCGAGGCUCGGAUGGACAUGGAUUUUGCUGAAAUCUAUGCCAACUCCUCUUUAUAUCAGAGGAAUCAAGAACUUAUUAAAGAGCUUAGUACUCCAGCUCCAGGCUCCAAUGAUCUCUUCUUCCUGACCAAGUACUCGGGAUCCUUUUUUACUCAGUGCAAAGCUUGCUUCUGGAAACAAUUUUGGUCUUACUGGAGACACCCUAAAUAUAAUUCCAUCCGGUUUAUCCUGACAUUAUGCAUUGGCCUUCUUUUUGGUCUUGUCUUCUGGAACAAAGGUCAAAAAACAACCAAUCAGCAAGAUCUGAUUAACCUUUUAGGAGCUGUGUAUGCUGCUAUGACUUUCCUCGGAGCUGCCAAUGCUACUGGUGUGCAAUCAGUUGUUGAUAUUGAGAGGACAGUUUUUUACCGUGAAAGAGCAGCUGGGAUGUAUUCUGCCGUACCUUACGCGUUUGCUCAAGUGCUAAUAGAGAUACUGUAUGUGUUUAUUCAAACUAUCAUGUACACUCUUAUCCUCUACUCCAUGAUUGGAUUUGAGUGGCAGGGGGCAAAAUUCUUCAUGUUCUUCUAUUUCAUAUUCAUGUGCUUUAUCUACUUUACACUGUAUGGGAUGAUGGUUGUGGCAUUGACUCCAGGGCACCAAAUCGCUGCCAUUCUAAUGUCCUUCUUCCUGAGCUUGUGGAACUUGUUCUCUGGUUUUCUCAUUCCUCGAGCUCAACUUCCUGCAUGGUCAAGGUGGUACUAUUGGCUUUCCCCCAUGGCUUGGACCAUCUAUGGCCUUGUAACUUCGCAGUUGGGUGACAAUGGUAAAACUGUUAUUGUUCCAGGAAGAAAUUCAACAACUGUGAAGCAAUUCCUUAAAGAGUAUUUGGGGUAUGAAUAUGAUUUCCUUCCCGUUGUUGCCAUUGUUCAUAUGGCAUGGGUUCUGCUCUUCUUCUUUGUGUUUGCCUAUGGCAUCAAGUUCCUCAACUUCCAAAGGAGAUAACAGCCAAAUCUUGAACAUGUAUGUAAGUAGUUUAUACACAUAUCACAUAGGAAAUUUUUUUUAUAUAAUCAGUCUGGGAUGAGGAAACAAUAAUUUUCCUGUAUAUUUGUCUGCCUUUCAAUAUUAUUAUUUUUCUUUAGUCCUUAUUUUUUAUGAACAUAGAUAUGGUUUGUACUCAUAAUUACCAAUUUAUUCCUACAAUUAGAAUCAUAAAUCUAUCUUUGCCCUCACAGGGCCUUGUUACCA